AUGCCUUCCAUCUAUCUAUCUAUCUAUCUAUCUAUCUCACUAAACUCUCUCUUUGGUCUAUCUAUCUAUCUAUAUCUAUCUAUCUAUCUAUCUAUCUAUAUAUAUAUAUAUAUAUAUAUAUAUGGAAAGGAUGGCUCUUGCCAUUGGGAGCGGAACUGCGAGUUAAGAGAUUUGAAUGUGAACAACCAGCACUCUCAGGACGUCGACUACGGUCCCGAAUCUCGGGAUCCCCAAUCUGAGCGCAUUGAGUGUCUGUCCAUGCGACGGUGGCGCAGCGGCUCUUUUACGGACUUGAGAUAUGACAGUACAGCGGCAACACUCAACCUCGGUUCCGGAUAUAUCUCUUUCAAUGCGCCGCUGUCGAGUUAUGAAUACGGAUUCUUCUUUUUAUUCAUAUUUCCUUCUUUCCUUCUUAUUUUUCAUUACCUCUAUUUUUUUUCUUCUAUCUCCACUUUUCUCUUUCCCUUUCCUUCUAUGACCACUUUGCUCUUUCUUCUUUUCUAUCUUUAUUCUUCUUUCUCUCUUUCAUUCUAUUCCCCAAUUUCCACUCUCUCUUUCGUUCUAUUUCAACACUCCUCUCUUUCUUUCCUUCUAUAUCCAAUUUCCUCUCUCGUUCUUUCUCUAUCCACUCUUCUCUUCUCUCAUAUCUCUUAUGUUCUCUUUUUCUUUCCUUUCAUCUCUACUCCUCUCUCUCCCUUUCUUUCCUUGUAA